AACUACAACCAAUCUGCAUACUUGGCACGGCCGUUACAGCUGUCGGUGCACUUUUUAUUUUUCCUCCGGGCCUGCGCUUCUCUGGAAGCCCGUUCUGUCGAUCCGUUCACAAGAGGGGCGCCGAGUUGGGAAGAUGAUGGCUCCGGAGCCGCUGCGAUCAGCGACAACCAUCGGGGUCGCGGAGGAUACUUCGCUCGCGCUACCCUCCGACAACAAGUUGCGGUCGGGACAGCAGCGCGUGCUGGACCAGGUUCACAGCAUUAAGAGGAGCAAGUCCAAACACGGCAAGAGUGUCAGAGCUCCUUCUCCUACAAGUCCACCUCUGCAGUCUUUCACAAAACAAACAGAUUUUGCCUCAUUCAAGUAUUCUCCAUCCAAAGCAAAUGGCACCUUCCACCGCAGCAAAUCCACUAUGUCGGCUGGCACCAUGAAAGAGACGAGUCGUACUCUAUCCACUAGAAAUUCUGGAGGAAGAUAUAUGAGUACCUCCGGUGUUUGGGAAGAGCAAAUCAAUGCUUCCACCUGGCCAAAGAGUCCCAAUGGAAUAAAACCCAGUAAGAGUGACCCUGCCUUGGCUCCACCUUUUUCUCCUGCCACUGGACCUAGCAUGAGAAUAAAAGGACAGAUGGCACAGGGCCAAAGCACCUUUCAAACUCGAACAAACAGACACAGUGUUUCGUCAGUGACUAACGGUAAUGCGAUAACCAGCAGCCAGUCACGCAUAGUCCGGAUGCCCUCCACCCAGUCUCAAAAUGAGGGCAAGAUGGGUACCAUCAAAAUGGAGAAUAAAUCAGUGAUGAACAUUCCAGACCUGACCCUAAAGGAGGCUGUAGAGUUUUUGGGUAGCAGUGAGGAAAGGUACCAGCAGUGGGGAGCAACUUUCAUCCAACACACCACCUACACCGACGAGACUGCCAAAUCAGAGGUUUUAGAACUCGAGGGUAUUCCUACUCUGGUGACCCUGCUGAGAAGCGGUAAUCCUCAGGUGUGCCAGGUUGCUGCUGGAGCUCUGAGGAACCUGGUGUUCAAGAACCAAAAGAACAAACUGGAGGUUCAGCGCUGUGGUGGUAUAGCUAAGGCCCUUCAGCUGCUAAAGGAAACAGAUUCUACUGAGACCCAGAAACAAAUUACCGGCCUGCUGUGGAACCUGUCCUCUGCCAACGAGCUGAAGGAAGAGCUUACAGCUACAGCACUGCCCGCCCUAACUCAACAUGUGGUGGUGCCUUACACAAGCUUGUCAGACACCGGUCCGAGUAGCUACAUUGACCCCUCUGUCUUCAACUGUGCCACAGGGUGCCUGCGGAACUUGAGCUCUGGCAAGAGUGGACAGAGGCAGGCAAUGAGAAGCUGUCCUAGCCUCAUCGACUCCCUCAUGAGUUACAUGAAGUCCUGUGUGGCAGAGGAAAACCCUGAUGACUCGUCCUUGGAGAACUGUGCAUGCAUCCUCCAUAACUUGUCCUACAAACUGGAGCAAGAGUCCCCUGUGAGUUUCAGCAACUACAACCCAAGUAGAGAUGCCCAACAUGAGAAAAGCCCCACAAUUGGAUGCUUCAGCCCUAAGAGCAGCAAGGCCCAAAAGACGUUCUCCUUUGAUACUAUAGAUGCUAGCCCCCCAUCAGGUGUUAAGUGGUUGUCCCAUCCCAACGCUAUAGACACCUACCUGUCCCUCCUGGAAUCGUCCGAGAACAAAGCCACUCUAGAGGCCUGCUGUGGUGCUCUGCAGAACCUCACUGCCAACAAGGGAAAUGGGUCAGAUGCUCUGAGCCAAAUUUUGGUUAGUAAGUCCAGAGAUCUGAGUCAAUUUGGACCUCUGCUGAAGCCAUCUAACCCGAAGCUUCAGAACACUGCCUUGUCCUUGUUGGGUAACAUGUCUCGGACCAGCAGUUUGCAAGGCACCAUGGCAAAGCAGAUUUUGCCUCAGCUCGGAGAACUCCUGCAGGGUGGGCCCAGUCAGUUGGGAAAUUCUGACGAGUCUAUAGCAGCAGCUUGCAACACAGUGCUAAGACUGAUGUCAGCAAACAGUGACACCAGCAAGAAGGUCAUCAAUAAUACCAUUAUUCGGUCGCUAACUGACCUCAGUGAAGACAAGAAAUUUAAAAAGGGAAGCAGUGCAGCCUCGCUGCUGCUGUACAGCAUAUGGCAAGACAAGAAUUUGCAAAGCGCUGUGAAAAAGAUGGGGUUGACCAAAUCAGCCUUCAUCAACGACAACAUAACCCAUGUGGUCUCGCAGCUCGAAGGAUAGUGAUCGAGUGGGAUCGGCAGCAGUAACCGUGAAAGAUAGAAACCAACGUGUUCAGACACUGCUGUUGCCACACCCUUUCAACGAAGAAAACAAAAAAAGAGAGAAAAAUGAUACUUUUUAUUAAUACCAUCUGGAUAGAGCCUAACAAUUGCUGUUCAUUGAUUGAUGCUUUGUACAUAUUAUAAAGGAAAGAGUGCUUUUAAUUUUACAAUUAAUCCUGUGGUCUGUGUGUUUGGAAAUGUUUGCCUGUAUCUGCGUAAGUAGGCUGAGAGUGCUUUUAAGACGUGUGUGUAGUGUGUGCUGAAACUGGCUUGUUUUAGGCUGCAAGUCACCGUACACCAGACAGUGUGGAUUGACAGUGUUACCUGCAGCAGAAUGUUACUUGCAGCAAUUAUUCGGAUUCACGAACGCCAUCACUGUCAAAUGUGUCUACACAACUACGACUACAUAACUAAAAGUUAUAUACAGAGAGAGAUCUGAGCAGCCAAAUAUGAAAGCUUUCUGACAAAAAUCAAAGAAAAAAAAUAUGACUAUUUGUGGUAUAAUUGCAGUAUGUUGAGAAAUAUGAUUCAAAGAAGGUUGGGUUUUUUUAAAAGAAUAAUAAUAUAUCCCCACCACAGCCCCAUUUCUUGAUUUUCUUUAGUGAAGGUAAUAGAUUUUCAUGUUGAAUGUACUAAGAAUACAUAAAGGGUUUUAUAAAAAAAAAAAGGACCAAGCAAAGAUUCACUUUAGCAGUACUUUGAUUUUCAAGGUUAGCAAAGAAGCGCUAUUUUUAAUGUACAUUUCUAAAUGCACUUUUAUUUUUUAUCAACAUUCUGUCACCUUAAAGAGUCAAGCACUAGUUCACCAUUUAAAUGUGCUGUCUUGCUUUCUUUGACAUUAAUAUCAUGCUUGUUUGUGCAUUAAAUAGAAGCUACAACUGGCAGCUGGUUAGCCUAGCAUGUAGACUGAAAACAAGCUCAGAGAAUAACUCAGUAGUGUCUUCAUUAUUCAUUAAACCACAUACAACAGAAUUGUUGACAGUGGAGGUAACUUACCUUCUCUUGUUUCCAGGGUUUGUGCUAAACUAAGCUAACUGACUGCUGGCAGUAGCUUCAUUAUAUACAGGACAAAGGUUAUCCAACUUUUUCAAGCAGCUAUUAGCAGUGUAUUCAGUUUUGGACUCUAUCUUAGUACUGAGUGCCUUGUCAAUAUUCACAUUUUUUUAAUGCUAUAUAUAUAUAUAUAUAUUUCUUUUUUAAGUAUUGCUUUGUUUUCUUGUGGGGAACAGGGACAUGGAAAGACUGGGAUGUAGCACACAACAUCUAGGCACCCAUCACUUUGACUCACUCAUGAACUAUGUGUGGAAAUUUGAACCAGCAGUAAAUUAUCAGUCAGCACUAUCAGCAGUUAAUUUGGUAGCUGGGUGCUGGCUGAACUCUGAGUGUUCUUUGACAAAAUUCAGAUAAAUGUUGUGGAGACAAUGAAGGGGUCGUGCCUUCUAACCAGCAUUUUAAUGAAUUAUGAACUGUGCGCACCAGUUGAGGGAAGAAGUGUGUUUAAUAGUUGUUUUUAUUUAAAAACAGCUUACAAAGAGGUUAUUUGCAGGAUAUCUGCCAUCAUAACCAAACUGCCUGUUUAUUGAACACAGAUUUUAAAUUUUUGUAAAACUGAAAUGCUUUUGGAAAAACCACCAUUACACAUCACAAAACAUACCUGCCAUGAAACACGGUGGUAGGCAGCUAUGGGGCUUUCCCAGGGCCACAGGGUACAAGGCAGGGGGACGUCUUUCUGCUUGGGAAAUGGCUGUAUUGAGGUUCAUUUGAUCAAUGUCAGUAUUUGCUUAGAAUGUAUUUUUUUGUGUGAAAUGUGUGUGUUUCUAACCCUAACCCAUAAGUAGGAGGCUUCUCUGUCACUCAGAAUAAAUAAAACAUGCC